AUGGGUAGGCGGCUCGGCGCCUUCCUCUUCUUUUCCAGCACUCUGGCCAUUAUCGGUACGGUGAAUGCCGAUUUCAAUUGUUCACAAGCGCCAGAUUCAGACAUGAAGCAGACAUGUCAUAUGCUGCAAGAAUGGGAUAGUGCCGCCCGUAAAGCCAUCCGAAAACGUCAGGCAUUCAAUGCGGGUGCUCCAGGAGUACAAGGAGGAUUCUCACCGGCAAACCCUCCGAGAUUCGCUCCAUCGGCUCAGGGAUGCAUGAAUAUUGCAUGUAUUUGCCCGUAUAUGGGGGGCCGAAUGUCGAACGGGUGUAUUCUUCCAAAUGGACAGCCAUAUCUGAUGUCAUACAGGAAAGAGUACAGAAUGAUGACAGACAACGAACGAACCCGUUGGCACAAUGCAAUCAUCCAACUCAAACGAUCCGGAGAGUACGAUCGUCUAUCAGUAAUGCAUCGUCAAGUUGGCUCCGCCUCCGGUGCUCACUCCGGUCCAGGAUUCCUCGUAUGGCACAGAGAAUACAUGAAACGAAUGGAAAUUGCAUUGAGAAUGAUCGACCCGGGAAUCUCGAUGCCUUAUUGGGACAGUGUACUCGAGUCGUAUCUCCCUGAUCCAAGAGAUUCUAUUAUGUUUGGACCGUUAUUCAUGGGAAUGACUGAUGCUUCGGGACAACUUGUCAGUGGACCAUUUGCUGGGUUCAGGACACUUGAAGGGCGGCCGAAUAUUAUUAGAAGAAUGGCAACGGAGGGGAAGAUGUUCACGGAGCAGAAUAUUAAUAAUUUGAUGGCACAGAACGAUUUGGUCAGUGUGAUGGCAUUCACUGCUCCACAAGGAGGUUGCCCAUUCCGUCCAUAUUUCGGAGCUCUCGAGUACACUCACGCCUCGAUUCACUUAUGGAUGGGCGGAGACAUGAAACCACCAUCGACCUCUGCAAAUGACCCUGUAUUCUUCCUUCAUCACACCUUCGUCGACUUCAUUUGGGAGAUGUGGAGACAGAAUCAUCAGAAUCGGUUUGCCAGAGAAAAUCAAUAUCCACCAGACAUUGGAGCAUGCGCCAACUCACAGCAUUUCAGUUACGCACAGAUGAGACCUUGGGAUAAGAUUAAUAGAGAUGGACUCUCCAACGCCUACACGGACAAUCUCUACCAUUACGCACCACGUCCAACAUGUAACAGAAACAAUGCCAACUGUGGAUCCCAGUACUUGUUCUGUGAUACACGUGGCAAUCCGCAUUGUGUCGCAAAAGUGAAACCAGGUGGUUUGUGUCGUGGAUUCGAAGGGCUAGAUGCUUGUUAUAUGGGAACGUGUGUUGCCGGAUGGUGUAGAGGAGGACAGCAGUUCCAGCAGCCUGCUCAAACAACCGCCGUCGCCAAUGUCCAGCAACCUCAACAACAGCAACAACAAGCUCAACAACAGAGACCCCCCGCUGCCACUCCUCAAUCGAACUGCUACAACGAGGAUCCAUGCUGUAACCAGUGGUCUCGUCAGAACGAGUGUCGAUCGAAUACGGUAUACAUGAACAGAUACUGUAGGAAGUCGUGUGGAUUGUGUCAGUCGAAUGAUAAUAAUCGAGGUUGCCACGAUCGCCACAUCUCGUGUGCCUACUGGCGUGGCCAACAAUUCUGCACUCGCCGUCGUCAAUGGAUGUCUGAAAACUGUCAAGCCUCCUGUGGAUGGUGUAACAUGAAUGAGGCUCAACUCUGUGCUUCAGUCGCCCGACAAUCCAGAAGAGUCAAAAGAGAUGCAAAGUUUUGGCUCACGGAGCCCGAGUCAGAUGAUGCUGUCGAUGAUUUCAUGCUGGAUUAUGGAAGAUAA